AUGCCUCGGUACGCCAGUAACUUCGGUCACUUGGGCUCCAUUAGUGCGUUGUUACUUUCAAUUGCGGUAUUGGUAUGUUUGGCAGUGGUGUUUGUAGGCUGCACAUCUUCAUCCUCUCCUCCGGGUCUAUAUUUCAUGAAGGUCAAUUUAAGCGAUUUUCCAAACCUCGGCGACCUCCGUCUUCGCCGCUCCGUCGACUUGUCCGGAGUCUCCUCAAGCAUCACGGACGGGGUUUCAAAUGUCGCCAGCAGUGUCGCAGAUGGCAUGGAUAGUGCAGCUUCUGAAGCUUCUACUGCCGUUGAGGGUAUCGCAACCAAGGCUUCUACUGCCGCCGGAACGGUUGUGAGUCAAGCGAGCGAUGCGCUUCGGACCUUAGAAAAAGAACUCCAGUCAGAGCUCCCGGCGUAUUACACCGUCGGCUUGUGGGGCUACUGCGAAGGCAACGAUACUCAAGUCGUCUCCUGUUCCCGGCCAAGCAUAUCUUUCACGUUCAAUAUCUCCGGCAUUCUGAAUUCUGCUUCGACAGAGAUCGAUGAACUGGUUUCAAAAAUCGACAAUAAAGUCCUCACUGGAUAUCACGACGUAUCGAGGGCGGUUAUUUGGUUAUAUAUCUCUGGCUUCGUCGCAGCGACCCUUACAGCACUUCUGGGUAUUAGGAAGACGUUUUUUAAUGGAGGAAAUAAGCUGCUCCUUACUUUCUGCGUGCUUUCCUUGGCCCUUAUCAUGUCUGCAACGAUCGGCGUAAACGUCAUAUACCGUCUGAACACUUCCGGGAUCAAUACAGUUCUGGGCAGCUUUGGCGCUUCAGCCAGUCUUGGAACGCACAUGCUAGCCGCUGCUUGGCUUGCAUUCGCAUUUUCCAGUAGUGCCUUGUUGAUCUGGCUGAUCCAGUCAUAUUGUUGUAGCUGA